GGACCGGACCGGACCGGACCGAUCCAGUUGCGCUAAAUCCGAACCAUGCUCAGCCGGUCUAAACUCACACCGUCGAAGCGAACCGGUCUAUUCUUAUCCCUCCGUUCCAACUUAGACUUCGAAGGGUAUUUAAGACUUUUACUCGAGCAUCCGAUAAAGACGAACGCAGAAAGGAUCGUCUCGGAGCCGUGCCCUAAUCCAUCCCUUCGCGGCCGGCCUCUCUCUGUCUCUCGCGGCUUGACGCCAUUGCCGCCGCGCUCACGCCACGGCUGCCGCGCGCUCUCGACUCUAAGGAAAGCCGCGGGUUUUGAAUCUGAAUGGUCGUUUCUGAAUUUGUGCAUCGCGAUCUUGUGUUGUCUUUCAUAUAGGACUUGUUGAUUUGCUGCCCGAUAUGCAAUCAGAGACGAGUGCGCGCCAGUGGGACGGAACUCUUUCGCCAAAUGACUUCAAUUCUUCUGUAGCUGCUUUUUGUGAGAGGUGGAAAGAGGUCAAUGAUUCUCUUCCCCAAUGGUUGUGGGAACCUUUUCCGGUGGUCGGUGAUUCGUCGUGCAAUGCAGCAGGAUACUUAACAAUGGAGAACGUGUAUCAUCAGAACGCAAGUGAGGAAGUUAGUCAUGAGGAGAGCAUAUUAGGAGACGAAGACCUAUCUGACGAUGCCACCUUGGUUCAGAGCUGCGGCAAAGAUGACAUUCAUGUCUAUGAUUACCACAUAGUUUACAGCUUCAAUUUCAGGGUUCCCGUUCUUUAUUUCCGUGGAUAUCGAUUGGAUGGCUGCCCUCUGAAAUUGGAAGACAUCGAGAAAGAUCUUCCUGCAUACUCUCUCAAAGGACUUAGGGAAUCAAAAUGGACAUUCAUGACACAGGAGGAUCAUCCUUACCUACGUCGACCAUGGUAUACUUUACAUCCUUGUGGAACUAGUGACUGGCUGAAGGUUUUGAUCGGAAGCAAUGCGGCAUACAACCAGCCUCGGCCCCUUCACUAUUUAUCUGCUUGGUUAUCGGUGGUCGGUCAGGCCGUUGGAUUGAGAAUCCCUCUUGGACUAUACAAGUCACAGUGAAGGGUGUACCCAAUACACGAGGCUACUCGUAUUCGAUCAGGGUGUACCCAAUGCACGAGGCUAUAUAAGUCGGUCGGUCAGGAUGAUUUCUCAUUCGAUGCUUCAGCUUAAUCUUGAUCUCAUUUUAAGUGCGUGAAAGUGAUUGGAACUGAUAUUGUGUGAUUAAGCAGAUAUCAGUUAUCUCGUAUUAUCCCAACUCUAUUGAUCGAUGAACUUGUAAUUAUUGUCUUAUUUAUAAAAUAAAGAAAAAGCAGAAUAAUAUGGCUUGGAUUGGACCCACCAAA